AUGACCUUCGUGGAGCUUCUGGCCCUCCUGGGCGGGAUGGGCCGCUUCCAGGUGACCUACGUGGCUGCCUUGGCCAUUCCGCUGCUCAUGCUGGCCAGCCACAACCUUCUGCAGAACUUCACUGCCGGCGUUCCUGAGCAUCACUGCCGGCCUCGGCCCACGGCCAAUGAGAGCACUGGGGACGUCCCACUCCUGGUCACCAUCCCCUCGGACGGCCACCGCCACCCCCAGCGCUGUCACCGCUAUGUGGAACCCCAGUGGCACCUCUUGGAGGUCAACGGGACGCUCUACGGGGACCUGGUGUGCGAGUCCAAGACGUUGAGGCAGGUGGCUCAGUCCAUCUACAUGGGUGGGAUCCUCCUGGGCUCCGGCCUCUUCGGGGUCCUCUCUGACAGUGAGAGGGACAACCCUACCACUGUUGACCAACGGGAGGGACCCAAGCUCCAGUCCUACCACCGUUGA